AUGUCUGCCUACAAAAAUGUCGCUGUCGCUGGUGCCGCCGGUGAUCUCGGCUCCGCAGUCUUCAAGGCCCUCGUCGACUCCAACAAAUUCAACCUCACAGUCCUCACCCGCGCCGGCUCAACCUCCAAAUUCCCCUCCGACAUCAAAGUCAUCGAAGUCGACUACGAAUCUCUCGAAUCUCUCACAUCCGCUCUCCAAGGCCAAGAUGCCGUCGUCUCAACCCUCGGCAGUCUCGCCAUCCCCAGCCAAUCACUCCUCAUCGACGCCGCAGUAGCCGUUGGUGUCAAGCGCUUCCUCCCUUCAGAGUUUGGCUCAAACCUUGCCAUCCCUAGCGUUCGAAAGCUUCCUGUUUUCAAGACAAAGGUUGAUAUCGAGGACAAGCUUACUGCUCUUGCAAGCGAGGGCAAGAUUAGCUAUACUUUUGUUUACAACUCUGCUUUCCUUGACUGGGGCUUGGGCCACGGCUUGUUCCUUGACUUCAAGAAGGCCGAGGCUACGCUCUGGGAUGGCGGCAACACUGAGUUCAGCACAACCACUCUCGCCAGUGUUGGCCAAGCUGUCGUUGGCGUUCUGACACAUCCUACCGAGACAAAGGAUCGCGUUGUUUAUAUUCAGGAUACUGUCAUUUCUCAGAAGAAGCUCCUCGAAAUCGCCAAAGAGCUCAACCCCAGCAAGCAAUGGACGGUCAAGGAGGCCAAGAUCGACGAUGCUACUGCUGCUUCUGAUGCCAAUAUCGCAAAGGGCAUCUUUGACUGGCCUACCCUUGCCGCCUACCUGUACAGGGCUAUCUUUGAUCCCACUAGUGUUCCCAAGUUCCCCAAGCUUGACAAUGAGCUGCUUGGUGUCAAGGGUGUUACCGAUGAGGAGAUCAAGGAACUUGUCAAGCCUUUUGUUCAGUAG